AUGAACGCUCUUACGCAUCAGCUUGGGGGGGUGAAUCUAAGGGCCCCCGACUCGCUACCGUUCGAACCUGGCAGUAGCGAACAAUUCCAGCAUGUGCACUUGAGUGGCGUGCCUCGCUACCUCUUUCGCCUAUAUACUCCGCACUCUGACGGUGACACUAAUGCGAUAUGGGUCAAGUCCAGGGACUUUUCGACCGCAAAACCAGGAGCACAUCAGGACAUUUUUCAGACCACCGAUAAGCACGUGACCGCAAAGAACAUUUGGGGACAUCUUGAUUGGCAAAACCUACCCGAGGACAAUCUCAUGUCCUGGACUUCUUCGUUGCUGGUGACGAUUCUGUACGUCUUCUACAGACGUGCCGAUAGGCGAGACGGAUCUGAUUACCGCGACAUGAWAAUCUGCGUUGUCGAUACCAGGAAAUUCCACGACAGAGCCUUUGUUAGUGAUUUGGACGCAAUCCAGGUCUUCCAAAGAUACAGCCCUGAACUCGCCCGAUUCGCAAAUCUACGUGCGUCGGAGUAUUACUUUGGCGAAUAUCUGUCCCAGGGUGCACUCAAAAUCGAGGGAAAGUGCAGCAUCGUCUCUGUGCAAGACUUGAUUAGCGCAGGCCUACUACGUCUGCGGGGCGAAUUWCAAGCAUCAUACGACAGACCACAAUGGAAAUGGGCUGAUAAAGUGGUUGAGCUUCGCAGGGCUCUGCAUCCUGCUUCAGCCCGGUCCUCUCUCAGGCAGCAGAUACACAUUGCACUGGAGAUCGGCAAUCUUUUUCAUGAAAAGUUUCGUCUCCCAGUAGCGAUCCAACUGACAGCUCUCUGUCCUGGUCGCUUAAAUGUCGAUGUCAUUGCGACUUCUUUCGCAGAGGGAGGUCUCGGCGGCGACGAACGCGAUGCUUGUGCGGCGAAGGAAUCACGCAUUGUUCAGCAUGCCAAAAUGGAGGAGCUUACCCGCACUCGUGUUAUCUCGGACAUCAUUUACGCAGAGCGCUGUCUAAGCGCAUUUGAAGUUGCAAUAGGAAAAGUGCAAAGUAGCGUAGCGCAGUGCGAAAGGCACAUAUCUGCGUUGGAAGGUCUUUCUAACGAGGUUCAAAUAUCGCGAUUGAAAGAUACCUUGCAAACGGCGGAAAAGACUGAACUAGCCUGCAAAUCUCUGAAAGACUACAUAGUAGCAGAGUUCGAUGUUAACGAGGUGGUGUAG